AUGCACGCCACGGCCAUGUUGACUCUGGGCUCCCUGCGAGGUCCCCCCUCUAUAUUACCUGCAUCAGUGCAGCACGUAAGCCAGCCUGUCUCCCCUGUCAUCCACCGAGCAUACGGGGUCGGGGACGCCUCGCCCACCACACGGCUGGCCUCGUUCCUGCGUGACCAGGGGCUGCUGGGGACUCGCACCACCUGCUACUCCGGGGUGUGCGGCGCCUGCACCGUGGUGGCCACGGUCACGGACCCCAACACCGGGGCCUCCAGGACCAUGACUAUCAACGCCUGCCUUGUGCCGGUGCUGGCGUGCGUGGGCUGGGAGCUGACCACCAUCGAGGGGCUGGGCAACAAGUAUGACGGCUACCACGCCAUUGAGAAGCGCCUCACCGAGUACUCGGGGACGCAGUGUGGCUGGUGCACCCCCGGCAUGGUCAUGAACAUGUAUGGGCUGUCCCAGAGCAAGGCCCAGUGGACGUCCGAGGAGGUGGAGCACCAGCUGGACGGGACGAUGUGUCGCUGCACUGGCUACCGCCCCAUCCUGGAGGCCUUCAAGUCCAUCACGCCGACGGAUAUUGAGGAUGCCCACAAGACAAGGUGCUCCUCUGCCGGCAAGGAAUGCUGCAGGAAGAAGCAACAGGAGAGGAAGGCAGCCAAGAAGCAACAGCGUGUUCCCCGCUCCCUGCAGCUCAAGGCGUCCACCUGGCACCAACCUACCACACUGCAGGAGCUGCUUGACAUCCUGGGUGGCCUUCCUGACGGGACAAGCUACACGCUGGUCUGUGGCAACACUGCCCAGGGUGAGUGGCCCAUCUGUCCCUGUCCUGGCUGUGUUAUGUUCAUCUGUCUUGUUGCCAUGUCCUAAGAGACCUCAGAGUAAGCAUACAGUGUGUGUGUGUGUGUGUGUG